CUUCUUUUGUAUUGCUCCGUAGGCUCAUUGCCUUGCUGGAAUACAAGCUCCGACAGGAUAUUAAGGGACUCCAUAUAUUCUCCGCGACUCAGAUUUCUAUUCGCAUCACCGUUUUAUCUCCUAGGGUUGUCCCGCAAAUGAUCAGACACUUACGGAAGGGGUUGUUUGAUUUUGAAGCCAGAGUGCCCCAGCAACGAUCCUUCAACACAAACUUCGAAUUUUCGACCGCCACGACAAACCAACCUUCAACUCGUUGCGACAACCUUGGACAUAUCCUUCUCUUCGUUGAAUACGAUCCUCGCUAGACUUGAAAAUAAAUUGUCGCAACCUCAUGACAACCCGACCUCCCACAUCACCCCCGAAUCCUUUGUUUUAGCCACGAUCCCAAGAGAUGCGCCAACGUACCUGCGAACCCUACAAUGGAUCUUCAUGAGCAACUCAGCCAAUGGUACGAGAAGAUUCAACGCUUCGAUGAGGAAUGUCAUCUCCUGUGCCCACGCAUCAACGAUGAGGAUAAUGAAAACUACAAACUCGUGGACGACCCCGACUCAUCGAUUACGCCAGAAGAAAAGAAUAGUCGAAUUAAGGCAGGAAAGGAGCGACUCGAGGUCACAUACUGGAAUUGCCUGAUUUUUGGCUUCGAUCAAUCAAGCCAAGGAAAAUGGGGAGAGCAGCUCAGCGAGAGGCUUAACGGUUGCCUAAAGCAUUGCGCAGACUGUGUCUAUAAUUGGCAUAUGCAGCGCCGAGAACUCUUGCAGCAAUUCCAAGAACGAUGGAAUGAAGAAGUUGUAGUCGACAUUCGGUCGAUGUUGGAGCAGAGAGAUGUUGAACGAAUCGACCUAAGCCUGCGAUGGGCCAAGGGGUUUAUUGAGAAGAUCAUUUCAGAAGGCUCUACUUUCAAGAAAUCCCAACUUGGUGAGCAUCUACCCGAGGUCCAUAUCUCUAUAUACGAGGCACUAUGCUGCAUGCCGUAUAUGGAGGAUGCGGAUCGAAGGAUGACCUUUCAGUAUGUUUUCCAGCGACUUCAAGGGAAAAGCGGCCUCAAGCUUGGGACCAAGGAGCCUUUGCCUGGAAUGACCUACUUUAUCUUUGACCUCAAAAACCAGGAUCGCCGGAAAUGGGCAACAGAUAACUAUCGAAAUCUUGACAGCAAUAGUAUGACAUUGGAACAGUUCGACUGGGCUGUCAGCAGCGGUCUGACAAGGGCCAUUGAGGACGUUUCUAAAAGAGAGGCUUCAGCUAUGGACUCAUGGCCUGAAAUGGCGCAGUUCUGGGAAGGAUUUAAUGAAAUUCUAAGGACAUUGACUGCGGAUGUCAUUAUGCAGCGGUUACGGAAUCUUGAGCUGAGUGGCACAGUCAGUCACAUCUACGACCUUCUGUUCCGCCAUAUCCAGUUCUGCCCUGCAGAGAGUGUCUUGGUGAUGGCCAUCACAAUCCUCACAAACUUUCUAAAGAAGGCACCCAGGGCUUUUUGGGAUGUCAUCGGUGACGCCCGGCCAAAUGUUAUCGCUGACUUAAUCUUUGCGAGUCCCGGAUACAAGAAUCUCCUUCGUCAGUCUUUAGAAGACUGCUGGACUGGCUACGAUGUCUCUCGUGGCCCCUUUCCUACGUCUUGGAUCGAUCCAUGGCUUCAGUCAGUCGGCCGCGAUCGCAGAUAUAACGCUUGCGAGAUCUUAAUGCACACUCUCUUCGAAUCACUUGCGAAAGACGAGACUAUCGGGGAACCGGGUCGUGCGGCGUGUAUUCGAGCUGGAUUUGAUGCUUUACAGCUUACCAUAUCAACCUUUGUCGACCCAGAGACGAAGAUUGGUGCGGGAACCACUCAUCUCUACGCAUGCUGUGCGUUCAACCUCGUUAUGAAGUACAAGGGCAUCAUUCUCCGCAACUUGCGUGCCCCUGGCGAUGAAAGGGAAGGCUGGGUCACCUUUCAGGUAGCAAACGCAGCUAAAAAGGUCAUGCAAGCUGCCAUGAAACUCGAUAUGAAAGUCUUUGCGGAGGAGUAUAUAGCUUGUCAGGAGGGCAGCCAGCUACAAUCCGCUGUCACUAGGGACUCGAAGGCUUUCUGGCAAGGUAUUAUUGAGAUGUUCGAUUUGUCAACCGAGCAGGUCGAUCUUGCGAGAGAUAUCGUCUUGUCGUUAGAGCCCUUGAUCGGCGUGGAACAGAUCAGGGCCUUGAAGAGCGACGAUAAACUUAGUGAUUCGAGCAAGAACUUCAACAAGUCUCUUGCUGCAACAGUGGAUAUUCUUGGGAAUCUUCUUGGUCGAAUGUCCGAAAUGCUAGACGCUGCCACAGACCUGAAUACCUUCUUUGACGACCGCCUGGCUUUCCAAGGUACUAUUACACUCUCUACCCAUGGAGAGGCAGGACUUGCUGAAGCAGCUGCCGAGCUGCUCAAGAGCUGGACCGGAGAGUAUUCCCAGAGCGGCGCCUUCGAGCAAAUGUCGCAGCUGCACCCUGAGCAGACCCUCUCCUCCAUAGUAUGGGCCCUAGAGCGAGUUUUGAAACCUCCAUACCCCUGGGGUCCUAUCAGGCCCAUGCUAAAUAUGAGUCGAGAUAUCCUCCGUGGUUUGACUGACCCAAUGUCCGGAGUCUUGCGAGUCAAGACCCUUGAGCCUAUGUCGGCUGCGAAGGUCUUGCGUUGGUGGAGUGAACAGUGGCGUUUUGUCUCUACUGCGUGCAGAAACAUUGAGGGAUGGUCUCGAUACAUUCAGAACGCCAUCAUGACAGAAUUCUGCCGAGAAAUUAUGGAACUCGCGGAAGCCCUCGUCGCUGAGGAUGGUCUCAUCACAUCAGCAAUUUCCAAGGCUUUGAACAAAAGUGAAAAGGAUACCAUGUCGCAAAUUCUUAUUCCUGCAAAGCAACACUUUGGUGGAAUGGAGAACAUGAUUCGUCUGAAGGACAAGUGGCUCGUUGAUGUCACAGUCAGAGUCCUGUGCAAGAUUCUGACCCGACUUCGAGAAAACAACCAUGAGAUUAACCCUGCCUCCCGGAAGCUUAUCACUGAUGCUUGCCUACCUACAAAUGUCCCGGGCAAGUUUGUCAGGUCAACCAACAUGACUGACCAGCAGCGAGCAGAACUUCUCCAAGCCCUUGGACAAACAGACGAUGAGAUCCAAAUCUACCAGCUCGGUGUUGCGCAGACACCAUUAGUACAGAGGCCCAAAGAUGGGAUCAAGAAACAAAGUAAACUUGACGCUUGGUCCAAGUCUGGCGCAUCCUCUAGCAGUACAACCACGGCAGCAUCAUCAAGAUCUAAUCGUGAUGACGUGCUCGAUCUUAGCAGAUCUAUAGACAGCCCCAUCCUUAGGCAGCUGGAGGCCAAGAAAGCUAAGGAUCAGGCAAAGGCCAAAACAAGGUCUCAAGCUAUGAUCAAGCCUAGAACCCAGACUGCCCCGGAUCAGAAGGGGAUCGCGGCAAUCAAGGAAGCCAGACAAAAGGCCAAACUUGAAAAACAGAAGCGCGAUGCUGCGGUCAUAGCGAAUGCCAAAGCUCUUAGGGGGGAAACUGUCCCUGGUGAGGGUUCCGGCUUGCUUAGUCUGGGCCUCAUUGGCAAAGAUCACGGCCGAAGUGAGAUAAUGGUAAACAGUUCCGAAGAAGAAUCUGAUGAAGAGGAAGAUGUAUCAGACGCCGAUAACGAACUAGCUGCCCUUAGCACGGGAGGCCAGACAGCUUUGGAAGAAGCUAACAAGCGGCGCAUGGCAAAGGCUUUGCAAGACAAAAUGCGUAGACCAGUGAAGAAGGUUAGACAGCAGCGCUCGGUCAAGGAUAGGAGAGCCAGAGUCAUCCCUCCCAUGGACAGGUUACACAACACAGUGCUAGCCUGGGACAUUUUCCAUGGAGGUAACGAUCCUCCGAAUGGCCCAGCAGCUUCAGAAGUUGCCACCAAGUAUUCUGAACCUAGAACGUACCAGGAUACCUUUUUCCCCCUGCUUGCUUCAGAAGCUUGGCGCUCUUUUGUCACAGCCAAGGAUGAGCUCACGUCUCAGCCAUUCGGUAUGAAGAUUGCAAGCCGUGCGAGCGUCGAUAGCUACCUGGAGGCGACCUUCACGAUGCCAGUGGUCCAAAGCAAAGAGCGCGGUGUUUCUGAAGGCGACAUCCUUCUCGUCUCGGAAUCGGAACAACCUUUGAUCGAUCAGACAGCUCGACAUUGUUUGGCUAGGGUUCACCGCAUCACCUACAAAAAGGAGCUGAUCGAGAUCACAUAUCGUGUGGCUUCCCGAAACAAUCCCAUGACACAGGUGUUGACCCCGAAUGUUAGCGUCUUCGGAGUGAAGAUCACCAACAUGACAACAAUCGAGCGAGAAUUCGCUGCGCUGGAGAGUCUGCCGUAUUAUGAUCUAAUGGACGAAAUCCUGAAUGCUGAACCGUCUCCUAUUCUGCAGUACGGAGAUGAGAAGAUAAACAGCUGUAUGAACAAUUAUGCUCUCAACCGAGGACAGGCUAUGGCGGUUUUAGGCGCUCACGACAAUGAUGGCUUCACGCUCAUUCAGGGCCCUCCCGGUACUGGAAAAACGAAAACCAUCGUGGCCAUGGUUGGAACUUUGCUUUCUGAGCAACUAAGUCAACCAAGCAAUCAAGGCAUUCCCAUGGGUGUACCUCUGCGACCGAACGGUGCACCAGGGGCACCCAAACAAAGCCGUUCAAAAAAGCUUCUUGUUUGUGCACCAAGUAACGCCGCCGUCGAUGAAUUAGUGCUACGUCUGAAGGCUGGUGUCAAGACGAUAUCGGGGAAAACCAAGAAUAUCAACGUACUACGACUCGGUCGGAGUGAUGCCAUUAAUGCAGCUGUAAGGGACGUCACCCUAGACGAGCUUGUCAAGGCCCGCAUGGAGGGCGAUCAAACCAAGGAUAAAGCCAAAGCCGACCGUGACCAACUCCACGAGAAUGCCGGGAAGGUAAAGGAAGAGCUGGGAAAACUGCGUCCCCAACUGGAAGCAGCAAAGCUCAUGGAUGAUCGAACCCUCUACAACAAGCUAUCUCGAGAAUUCGACGAAUUGAAGCGACGCCAAAUGUCUUAUGGAAAACAAAUCGAUGCCGACAAGAGCAGUGGCCAUUCUGUAGCCCGAGAGAUGGAAAUGCGGCGCCGCCAAGUCCAGCAAGAAAUCCUCAAUAACGCUCAGGUCUUGUGCGCUACUCUGAGUGGCAGUGGUCAUGAGAUGUUUCGAAACCUGGAGGACGUAGAGUUCGAAACAGUAAUCAUUGAUGAAGCUGCCCAGUGCGUUGAGCUAAGCGCCUUGAUUCCACUCAAAUACGGCUGCUACAAAUGCAUCCUCGUUGGAGAUCCUAAACAGCUUCCCCCUACAGUUCUGUCACAGUCGGCGGCGAAGUUUGGUUACGAUCAAAGUCUGUUCGUCCGAAUGCAGCAAAACCACCCACAAUCGGUGCAUUUACUGGACAUGCAAUACCGUAUGCAUCCAGAGAUCAGCUUGUUCCCCAGCCGCGAGUUCUACGAAGGACAACUCGCCGAUGGACAGAACAUGCAUGAGCUCAGGCAACAGCCGUGGCACAAGAGCGCAUUACUUGGUCCCUAUCGAUUCUUCGAUGUUCAGGGUGUCCAGGAGAGGGGCCACAAGGGCCAGUCACUGGUCAACACCAAGGAGUUGGACGUUGCUAUACAAAUGUACGAUCGUUUUAGUAACGAGUACCGUGAAUGCGACUUGACAGGCAAGAUCGGUAUCAUCACUCCCUACAAAGCUCAACUUUAUGAGUUAAGAAACCGCUUCCGUUCGCGAUAUGGCGAGAACAUCACAAGCAUAAUCGAGUUCAACACUACCGAUGCUUUCCAGGGUCGCGAAUGUGAGAUCAUCAUCUUCUCUUGUGUUCGUGCCAGUUCUACUGGCGGCAUCGGUUUCAUGACUGAUAUUCGGCGUAUGAACGUCGGUCUAACUCGUGCUAAAUCAUCGCUGUGGAUUCUUGGUGACUCCAGAGCGCUUGUUCAGGGCGAGUUCUGGCGAAAACUUAUUGAGGAUGCCCAAGCCAGAGAUCGCUACACUAAUGGCGAUGUGUUGUCAAUGUUUAGGAAGCCCCUCGAAAAGGCAAAGCCGGGCGCUUACCUUCCCCCACUACCCCAAGCUCCAGACCGUGAUGUUUCAAUGCGAGAUGCAUCUUUGGAAACAUCGUCACUGCCUUCAUCUCGCCCAAACUCACCAAAGAUCGAGGGAGCUCAGCAGCCAACGACUCCCGCGACUCACAUACCUGGCAUUGCAGGAGGCGAACCGGCUGGGGUUCUGCCACGCUCUGCUGGGCCUCCUGUCAUUCAUACCUCGGCAAGCAAGCCUCCAGGAGAAGCACGAAAGCGACCUCAUGACGGACCAGAUUCAAAUCAGCCAGUUCCAAAAAGGAUAGCAAGUGACAAGGCUCGGGGCGGUGGACUCAUGGGCAAGUUUGGGAACAAGCCGCACCGGCCGCCCAAGGCUCCCACCGACCCUUCAGCAAUGUCAGUAAUGGGACUGGCGCCACCUGAGAGACCGCCUGCAGCAGCGCCGACUGGUCCCUUGUUACCAAGCAGACCCCAAGCCCCCACAGGACCUAGAAUUCCGACGGGUCCUUCAAAUCCAGGGCCGCAAUACAAUAACAACCAGCAACGACGCCCACCUCAUCCGCCUUCCUCUCGCAAGAAGGGGAAGCCAAGUCUCUUUGUCCCAAAGAAACGGUAAAAGAAAUGGUGAAUCUCAUGACAAAACGAGACUCUGUAUAGCAAGCAUAGAGGAUGAUACGUAGAGGAUAGCAUUUUUGGGCGUUGGGUGCAUUAUUUCAUUUGUACAUGGCAUCCCCAAAUAGCGCAUAAGAGCCUCCGAAAAUCUUUUUCCAGAGGGGAGGAUUAGACAUUGCCAAACAUGCCUCACUCCGGGCUUCAGCCAGAAGAUACGGUAGGCUGGCAUACAUCAUACAUGUGUGGGCUGCCUACGGUGAUAUGCAAGGGGGCACGAGGCCCCCUCCUGUGGUGGUCGGAUGGAGAACAGAAUCAACAAACAUUAAACCUGACCAGCCUGGAAGAUUCUGAGGCCAGCUGUUAAGGUCGAGACGCUCAACGAGACCCAUGGGGAUUUCCGUCAAUGCUGGAACAUGGUAAUGGCAGAGCACUGCAUCAUUUCCACUAUCUCGUCGUCUACAGUUGAGGUUGAUUGCGUCACGUGAUGUCGUUGAAACAAUGUGAAUGGAGGAGAAUGGCAGUGCAUGUUUGCGCUGAGCAUGGGUCAGCUCGCCUAACCGACCGGUAGUGAGGACGAUCAUCAGCCGACAGGGAUCGUGUCAUUUCAAAAGACAGGGAGAGCGACAAGGGACCCUGGUGACGAAUGAAGUCAGGUAAUGUCCGAUCCUGGUCAAGUUCCUACGGCCAAUAGUUAGACGAGGCAACUUGGACAUACACGAUCACAAGUGACAAAAAGGAUGGUUGUGCUAUGAUGUAAAGGCAGAUGGCGAUGGAGGCAUUAUUGACGACAGUGGCCUUUUGGCUUUUCUAAAGAGGGUCAGCUCGGCCCAGCUUAUAUGGAUGCCAAGACGACAGAGAGUAGGAGAUGGCGCUAGACUCUAGAGAUAACGCUCAGUCUAAGUAACAGUUGGUAACUUGGCACGGUGAUGACACUAGUGGUCUCCUGCAGAGGAGAUCAGCAGUGGCGCUCGGAAGGGCUUUUGGUGGUUGAGCAACAACGACGCGGUAUUGGUGAUUGGAUAAGUUGUAACGACCUGAAGGCAGAACCCUGUGGGCUGAAAAGAGAUGGCUACCAUCCUAUCGGGGUUGAGUAAAAUGUUUGUGAAAUGUUGGAACAGGGGGCUACUCCCUCGAUAUUAGAUAUAGAAGACUCAAGACUCUUGAUACGGAGCAGGAAUAAACUAAUGAACCAAGCAAGUUUAUCCUUAGUUUAUCCAAGUCUUCUUGGCAUGCAAGGUCGUAUUGAGGGUGAAGCUUUGAGUUCUGCUAUCUCCUGAUACUGUACAGUUUGUAGAUUGGUGCAUAUCUACGUAAGUGGUUCAGCAAGUCGCCAAGUCUAGGACAAACCGCCAACGCGAGCAUGGCUUGGGUUUGCAGCUGAUGCUUGGUUCAUAUCGGAUACCUCGACCUCUUGUGAACCACCCGAGAUACCUGAGAAGGUAACACAACUCAUGGUGGUGACGACGACCAGCCAGCUGCAACCACUGACCGAAGGCUUUCGGCAACCAAUUGCUGUAAAUUGUUUCUUUUUCAAGGGAAAGGUUUGCGAGCGGCUGGGAUCUAAAGAUCUGUCCACCAAAUGCUUGAUCUGUACGUACAUACAUACCAUACAUCACUUGUGGUGGCCAGCAAAGAGACAUGCAUAUGUAAAGUGACAAGAGAAAAAAGCAAGGAGG